UUUCAAAUAAAAAGUGUUUUGAAGAAAGAAAGUAAUUUUCAAACAAAAACAAAAGAGAAACAAGACUACUUACAAGAGAUAAACAAAAAACAGACAACAUGGUAGCAAUUGGUAUUGACUUGGGUACAACCUACUCCUGCGUUGGUGUCUUCCAACAUGGCAAAGUGGAAAUCAUUGCCAAUGACCAGGGCAAUCGCACAACACCCAGCUAUGUGGCCUUCACCGAUUCGGAGCGUUUGAUUGGAGACGCGGCCAAAAAUCAGGUGGCCAUGAAUCCCAGCAACACAGUGUUCGAUGCAAAGCGUUUGAUUGGUCGUAAAUUUGAAGACCCUAAAAUCCAGGCGGACAUGAAACAUUGGCCCUUCAAGGUGGUCAAUGAAUGCGGCAAGCCAAAGAUCAGUGUAGAAUUUAAGGGUGAACAGAAACGCUUUGCUCCCGAAGAGAUCAGCUCAAUGGUGUUGACCAAAAUGAAGGAAACAGCUGAGGCUUUUUUGGGCACCAGCUUACGAGAUGCCGUCAUCACAGUGCCAGCAUAUUUCAAUGAUUCCCAGAGACAGGCCACCAAAGAUGCUGGUGCCAUUGCCGGAUUGAAUGUCCUGAGGAUUAUCAAUGAACCCACAGCUGCCGCCCUGGCCUAUGGUUUGGAUAAGAAUCUGAAAGGAGAACGCAAUGUAUUGAUCUUCGAUUUGGGUGGUGGUACCUUCGAUGUCUCCAUUCUGACCAUUGAUGAGGGUUCCUUGUUUGAGGUACGAGCCACAGCCGGUGAUACCCAUUUGGGUGGUGAAGAUUUUGAUAAUCGUCUCGUUAGCCAUUUCGCCGAGGAAUUCAAGAGAAAAUACAAAAAGGAUUUGACCAAAAAUCCAAGAGCUUUGAGGCGUCUACGUUCAGCAGCAGAGCGGGCCAAACGCACUCUGUCGUCCAGCACUGAGGCCACCAUUGAAAUUGAUGCCUUGUUUGAGGGCAUUGAUUUCUAUACGAAAAUCAGUCGUGCCCGUUUUGAGGAAUUGUGUUCAGAUCUGUUCCGUAGCACUUUGCAGCCCGUGGAAAAGGCUCUCAACGACGCUAAAAUGGAUAAGAAUCAAAUCCAUGACAUUGUCCUGGUGGGUGGUUCGACACGCAUACCAAAGGUCCAGAAUUUGCUGCAACAAUUCUUCUGUGGCAAGUCAUUGAAUUUGUCAAUUAAUCCGGAUGAGGCAGUGGCCUAUGGUGCUGCCAUUCAGGCUGCCAUAUUGAGUGGUGACAAAAGCAGUGCCAUACAAGAUGUGUUGCUGGUAGAUGUGGCUCCUCUUUCGUUGGGCAUUGAGACGGCUGGUGGUGUCAUGACGAAGUUAAUUGAACGUAACUCCCGCAUACCCUGCAAACAGACAAAGACAUUUACCACCUAUGCCGAUAACCAACCGGCUGUAACAAUCCAGGUCUUUGAGGGUGAACGUGCCAUGACCAAGGACAACAAUCUUUUAGGUACUUUUAAUCUGACCGGUAUUCCUCCGGCUCCACGUGGAGUGCCCAAAGUAGAUGUUACCUUUGACUUGGACGCUAAUGGUAUUUUAAACGUCACCGCCAAGGAGAUGAGCACUGGAAAUGCCAAGAAUAUUGUCAUCAAGAACGACAAGGGACGCCUGUCACAAGCCGAAAUAGAUCGCAUGCUACACGAGGCCGAACAGUAUGCCGAGGAAGAUGAAAAACAUCGUCAACGCAUUGAAUCCCGCAAUAAAUUGGAAACCUAUGUGUUCAGUGUCAAGCAGACCCUUGAGGAUGCUGGCAGUAAAAUUCCGGAAUCCGAUAAGGAUCGUCUGAUGGCCAAGUGUAAGGAAACCAUACAAUGGCUCGACAAUAAUACCACAGCCGAAAAGGAGGAAUUCGACUAUAAAAUGGAAGAGCUGUCGAGAAUCUGUUCACCCGUCAUGACGCGUAUGCAUCAACAGGCAAAUGGUGGUGGUAGUGGUCCAGCUGGUGCGAAUUGUGGCCAACAAGGCAAUGGUUAUGGUGGAGGCUACACUGGUCCCACGGUGGAGGAAGUAGAUUGAAUAGAAACUCUAUUGUAAAAAGUUCCCUUAAAUUAUUUCAUUUGAGCUGUGAUUUGAUUUGUUAAACAAAUUUUCAAAAUUUCCAAAGAGCAAUAAAAUGUAGAAAGACAUUUAUAUAAGACUGUUUCGUUUUAAGAAAUUUUAAUUUAGUAAUACUUUAAACUUUU